AAUCUCUUCUGCACUCCUUCGAUAGUAUCCACAUACUUCCUUUCGUGAGCUGACCAGAACUGAACGCAGUACUCCAAGUGGGGUCUGACCAAUGUCUUAUAUAACUCUAACAUUUCCUCACAACUCUUGACCUCAAUCCCACGAGUGAAGGCCAACACAGCAUACGCCUUCGUGACAACGCUGUCAACACUGCACACAGACCCAAAGAGCUCGCUGAUGCUCGACACUGCCACGAGUCUUACCAAUAACACUAUAUUCCGUCUACAAAUUUGAACUACCGAAAUUAACCACUAUACACUUAUCUGGGUUGAACUCCAUAUGCCAUUGCUCAGCCAAGUUCUGCAUCCUACUGAUGUCUCCCAGUAGCCUCUGAACAACCCUCCAGACAAUUCACACCAACCCCAAUAGUGUACCAUUCUUCACUGUCUUCGAAUUUUUAAAUGUCUUCAGAGUCCCAUUGCUUCGGCUCUGUUUGGUUUCAAGAUCAGGUUACAUAACAAUGUGGAAAAACAGGAUUUGCCUAUAUGUUGGCAGUGUUACCAUGGUGAUUUGACAGUUUCAGUCAUUCAUAUGGAACAACGCAUUCCAGUAGUUUGAUUAUGACAGAAUAAGCACACUCUACAUUUGAUUUCCAGAGAAUAGUGUCCUUUGAAUAUCCUAUAAAUUAUUCUGGCUUUGGAAUUUAGUAUUUGAAUACGUUUCAAACAAGCGUCCAGUCCUCUCGGGAACAUGAACUCGAUUGUCCUAAUUCUCCCUUCCCCCACCCCAGCAGCUCCCGAAAUUGAAACCGCAGCUUUAGACUCAAAGUUCAGAACAUUGUUGAUAUUUGGUAUGCAUGUACUUGGGAGAGUGCCAAGAACACUGUCAUUGUAGUGUUGCAACACAACCCUGCAAAGUUAAUUGAUGAAAGAGAUACCGGGCUGGAGAAGGGGGAAUCUAAUAGGAGAGGACAGGCCAUGGAAGAAAGGAAAAGGUGCGGGAGGACCAGAAGAAGGCGAUGAGCAGGCAAGGAGAUGAGCGGGAAAGUGGAAGGGGCGAUGGUGAAAGAGAGGACAUUACUGGAAGUUUGAAAAAUUGAUGUUCUUGCCACCAGGUUACCGGUUACCCAGACGGAGCUUAAAUGUGACGAAAGAGGGUGACAAAAGUACACGUAGACCAAGAUGUAAACUGUCCUGUGCUAUUACAAGUGGGAUCAUCAGUUGAUCUGCCACCUGUCUUCAGGAGAGAGAGAUAAGUAAGACAAUGGAGCAGCAUUUGGAAAUGUUAAUGAGGAGACGAGAGAGUUUAACGGAAGGAGACACCGGUCUGUGUAUUGUCAAGACCAGUUUGCUUUGAACCUGAACUGUUUGAAGUGAUGGACAGACGAUACCCCGGCAGGGUGAUAAAAAGAGACAGGCAACAGACACGACGCAAGACACCACACAAGACACCACUCACGACACAACGAGGUAUCGAGACCCUGGAAGCGGUGCGCCCCCACAAGUCGGUGGGAGUUUUGGAGGGCUGGUCACUGGACCAGCCAUGGACGCACAGGGUGGAAAAAUUCGGUCGGCGGGAACCUGGUGUUUGUGUCCACCAUUGCCUGGGUGCCAGGUUCACCGCAGAGAAACGAUCGUAUCUGAAAACGGAGUGGUCACAGUCGGUGACCUCAGAAGACAUUACAAAGAGCUCGCCCGAAAGCUAACUGCGAGGAAUAUCAAAGGUCUGUUGAAUCCGAUUUGAAUAUCAGCAUUCGCUCUCUCUCUCUCUCCCCAACGGCUCGACAGUGAUUACUGCGAACUGAACUAAACUGAACUCUGUCACUUGUGAUUGAUCAUUUUACCCCUAGACUGCGAUAGAGCUUGAUUGAUCCUAUUAUCCCAGUUCUGUGUACAUGUGUGUUUAUUCAUUGCUAACCUGUUGCAUUUAUAUCCUUACUAUUAGAGUACUGUAUUGUUUAUUUCUUUAAUAAAACUUUCUUAGUUCCAGUAAUCCAGACUCCAACUGAGUGAUCCAUUUCUGCUGGGUUGGCAACCCGGUUACAGGGUACGUAACAUAAGUGGGGUUCUCGUCCGCGAUUUUGAACACUAAAUUCGGGACCGGGUAAAUUGAUUGGGUUAAAAUUACCGAAAGAAAGAAAAGGCAAACAGCAGAAAUGGAGACUGAGGAAUUUCUAAAGGCGCCUACCUUGGAGGCAUUAGAGGAUGCCAGGAAAGCGGAAUUGGCAGCUAUGGCCAAACGGCUGAAUCUUGUUAAGGGGAAGUCAACAAUGAGGAGAGAGGAGAUACACAGAGCUAUCGUAGAGCACUAUGUAUCUAAAAGUGUGUUUCCCCAAGGGGAGCUGGAGGUGACGUCUAUUGGAAAGCCUAGUGGAGACGCAGUACAGGUGCAGCUUGAAAAACUGAGACUUGAGCACGAGUUCCGGGUACGGCAGCUAGAACACGAAGAGAAGCAGUUAGAAAGGCAGGAGAAAGAGAAACAGUUAGAACGGCAAGAAAGGGAGAGGCAAUGGGAGCGAGAAGAGAGAGAGAGGCAGUUGGAGCGAGAAGAGAAACAGAGGGAAAGGGAAUUCAAGCUGGAGAGGUUGAAGAUAAGGGCAGAGCAGGGGCCCAUGCCGAACCAAGGUGGAGGGUUUACGGCGACCCAGAAGUUUAGGCUGGUUCCCCCAUUUGACGAUACCGAUGUGGAUCUGUACUUCCUCCAUUUCGAAAAAGUUGCUGCAAGUCAGGACUGGCCGAGGGAUAAGUGGGCUGUUUUGCUUCAGAGUGUACUUAAAGGAAAAGCCCAACAAGCUUACUCAGCUUUGUCCGCAGAAGAUGCCCAGAAGUAUGAGGUGGUGAAAGAGAUCAUCCUCAGGAUUUAUGAGUUGGUCCCAGAGGCAUACUGGCAAAGUUUCCGGAAUGCGAGGAAGCAGUGGGACCGCACGUAUUUAGAGUUUGCCCGUGAGAUGCAGACAUAUUGUGAGCGGUGGUGCGCCUCGAAGGGGGUAAAUGGGGAUUAUGACAGACUGCUACAGCUGAUCCUGAUUGAGCAGUUUAAAGGUCGUGUCCCUGAAGGUAUGAGACCCUACCCAGAUGAGAAAGAGGCAGCCACGUUAGCCGCAACUGCUAAGUUAGCGGAUGAGUACGCGUUGACACAUAAAAUGAAGAUUACCCCGAGUAAAGGCGACCAGAAGGGUAGUCAGGACGGCGGGGAGAGCCCGCCAGAAAAGUCAGAAAAUAAGCCGGGGACUAGUGAGAAGGAUAAGGUAGACCAGGAGCAGUCUGGUAGGAAGUCUCCUGGGGUUGUCUGUUAUAAUUGUGGGAAAGUCGGACACUUUGCGUCCAGGUGCUUUGCCCCAAAGAAGGAGACGGGGAAAGGAAAAACAGCGAUUUUGACUGGCUGUAUUGAGCUGGUAAAUAAACUGCUAGGAGAGGAAAGGUCUGCCAAUGUUCAGGAAGGGCGCGAGAGGUUUAUCUCGGCCGGAUUGGUGUCGGUGAAGGAGGGGUUAAACCCAGUUCCAGUACAGAUCUGGAGAGACACGGGAGCAUGUCAGUCAUUGAUAUUAAAGGGUGUGUUAGACUUUAGUUCAGAGACCGAGACUGGGAAAGUCAGGGUCAUAAAAGGCAUUGGAAAAGGGACUGAGGCAGUCCCUUUGCACCAGAUACACCUACAAAGCAACUUGGUCUCUGGACUAGUCACGAUCGGGGUGAGGCCCGAGUUACCGAUGAAAGGCGUGGAAGUCUUGCUCGGUAAUGACCUCGCCAGGGGAAUUGUGUUCUCGGCAGUGAGAUUGACAGGUCAGCCUGCCAGCAUUGAGGCCCCGCCCAUGGACUCACAGGCUCAUUCCGUUUGCGCAGUGACUCGGCGUGUGUCCAGAAAGACUGCCGAAGUAAAUUUAGCUGAGACGUUUCUACCAGCCUUGUACCAGGAGGAGGUAGAAAGUGAAAAGAAGGAGUGUAGUGAAACAGGAGGAAGUGAGGGAGCUGAGGCAGACUUAGCAUUAGCCAGAAAGGAAUUUGUACAGGCGCAGGAGCGAGACUAGGAGGGGGUGGUUUCAGCGGAGACAGCUCUGGCGGAAGCAGGAUUAAAAAGAGAGCCAGUAGGCUACUGUGUGGAGGAGGAAGUGCUAAGGAAGAAAGGGAGACCAAGUACCGUACCCGCAGGUGAGGAAUGGGGGAUGGUGCCAAAAAUUUAUGGGGAUGAGAUUCUUAACCUGGCCCACAAGAUACCCCUCGGUGGACAUUUUGGGGGGAGGAAAACAGUCGGCGGAAUCAUGAAAGAGUUUUACUGGCUGCACAGGAGGAAGAAUGUUAUUGACUAUUGCAGACGUGAGUUAACUCAGUUAGAGGCUAUUAACAUGUUAAAAGCUCAUCACGAUCAGAAAACAGAUCUAGCUGGUGAUAUCAUGAAAAUUAAUGAGGCUAGGGUGCCACCUAAUAAGGGGAAAACCCAUUUUGAAAAGAUAAGUAUGGGGCCCACCAGGUGCGAGAUGUCUAUUGUUUUGACCAGUUUUGCUGAUAAGGUCACUCCCUUAAUCCCCGAACAAAGCGACCCGUUAAGAGAGCUAAUUAAACGGCACGCACACAUGGGUCCAGAUGUCCCGAGGCGAUGCAAAGAGUGGGAAAUGGAGUUGUGGUCACAUCAGGUCAGCCUAGUGAGCAACACCCCUAUAGAAUGAUUAAUUCAGUGACAAACAGGCUAAAGAACACAGAAGUGUAUAUUGGGGAUGUAGUGGUCUGGAGUGACACGUGGGAAAAGCACAUUGUGGCACUGUUUAAACGGCUGUCUGAAGCCAGCCUGACAGUGAACCUCGCAAAAAGUGAGUUCGGCCACGCAAAGGUCACUUAUCUAGGAUUUGUGGUAGGACAGGGGCAGCUGGCUCCGAUGCAAGCUAAGGUGCGGGCUAUCUCUGAAGUCCCCACCCCGACAGACAAGAGAGCCCUGAGAAGGUUCUUGGAGAUGGUGGGGUACUAUCGGAAGUUUUGCAGAAAAAAAAACAACUUUGCGGAUAGUACCCACCCUCUUACUAAGCCCUUGCCAAAGAAUGCUAAGUUGGUUUGGGACGACCUUUGUUAUCUGUGUCCGGGACGAAAACCACUGAGAAGUUACACUGAUCACAGCUCAUUAGUGUUUUCGGCCACUAUGAAGUUUGCCAAGUUGGAGCCUGGUUUUGAGGACUAUUAAAAUAACACAUAUAAAAGGAACAGAAAAUGUGAUUGCUGACUGUCUGUCAAGGUGUUGACAACUUAAAGUUCUCUGUAUUAGCCAAAUAGCUGAUGAACAUGUAUAUUUGUGUGUAUCUAAUAAUGCAUUCAUGCCUAUAAUUUUUACCCCAGUAAAAAUCCUUUGAAGGAUAGGGGUGUGACAAAAGACCCAGUUAUCAGAAGAUUGAUGCGAUGAGAGGACAAUGGGGGAACAUUCAAAAUGCUAAUAAGAGAGAGAUGAAAGAGAUUACCGAAAGGAGACACAGUUCCAAGUAUUGUCAGAGACUGGUUUGCUUUGAACCUGAACUGUUUGAAGUUUGAUGGACAGGCAAUACCCCAGCAGGGGGAUAAAAGGGACAGGUUCGCUAAGGCAACAGACACACGCCACCACGAGGUAACGAGACCCUGGAAGCGGUGUGCCCCCACAAGUUGGUGGGAGUUUUGGAGGUCUGAUCGCGGGACCAGCCAUAGACGCACAGGGUGGAAAGGUACGGUCGGACGGGAACGCGGUGUGUGUGUCCGCCCUUGCCUGGGUGCCGGGUUCACCGCAGAAGAACGAUCGUAUCUGGAACGGAGGGGUCACAGUCGGUGACCUCAGAAGACAUUACAAAGGGCUCGCCCGAAAGCUAACUGCGAGGAAUAUCGAAGGUCUGUAUGGAAUCCGAUUUGAAUAUUCAUUCGUUCUCUCUCUCCCUCCCCAACGGCACAACAGCGAUUACUGCGAACUGAACUAAAUUGAACUGAAUUCUGCGUCACUUGAGACUGAUCAUUUUACCCCUAGACUGCGAUAGAGCUUGAUUGAUCCUAUUAUCCUAGGUCUGUGUACAUGUGUGUUUAUUCAUUGCUAACCUGUUGCAUUGAUAUUCUUACUAGUAGAAUACUGUGUUGCUUAUUUCUUUAAUAAAACUUUCUUAGUUCCAGUAAUCCAGACUCCAACUAAGUGGUCCAUUUCUGCUGGUUUGGCAACCCAGUUAUGGGGUGCAUAACAGUAGGUAUUAGAAGAUUGGAUAAGUACAUGGAUGGGAUCGGUCUGGAGGUGAAGUUCGGCAGGGCGAGGCAGAAUAUUGUUUCAGCAUUGACUCGAUGGGCCAAAGGACACGAUUCUACUCUGCAGUGUUCAGUGAUCUUAACACACCUGCGUCCUUUGUCACUACUGAGGCUAAAGGAUCGCCGUCACUAUUUGCACCUUUGAACGUGAUGGGAAUGAGUUUUUCAACAUUCGAACUGUCUGCAUAAACGGCAUAGGAACAUCAGGAUAAGAUGUUAAUUUGUAUCAGGAAGAUAUAGUGAUCUGUGAAAUAGUUAUUCAUUACAUGUCUACAAACUAUUCUCUCUCAGGAAGGAAGUGCUAUGCUGCAGAGAAACAGGUCCCUCAGCCGAUCAUGUCGACAUCAACCAUCCACAUACAGUGUCUAAUUUAUCAGGUGCAUGUGUGCUACUCGGCUGUAGCUCACCCACUUUGGUUACAGCAAAUGAACCCCUUGACCAGGUCUGCUUUUUUACGCCUUGAGUUGCUGCCACAUGAUUGGCUGAUUAGAUAUUUACAUUAUUGAGCAGGUGGACAAGUGUAACUAAAGACUGAUUUAUGCUUGUGCGUCAAAUGUGCAAACCCUACGCAGUACCUACACAGAACCCUACGCCGUAGCCUGACGUGCACCUCUCCCAAAAUGUAACCACGCAUCGCGGCAACGCAGACCGCAACAACUGUGAUUGGUCCGCUUGGUAGCAUCGCUUUUCCUCCUACGCUGCAACAGCUUCCCACUGGGCGACUGAAGGAGACGGAAGGAACUCUGGCUGCAAUGCUUUCCAUAAAGCUCUACAGACCUCCGAAAUUAUGGAGGAUACAUUUCACUUUUACGAAAAAAGGCACUCGCAUUAAACUUGUU